GGGUUGCCAUGACUUGACCUUAUGUGGGUUGGGUGGCUGUUUUUCAUUGUUGCUAAAUUUCUGUUGAGAAAUUGUUUGCGUUUUUUUAAGUGCUAACGCUGUCAUGGGUUGCGGUUGGAAUGACAGCUCCACCCUUUAAUUGUGUUAAAUGUGUACAGUAGGUUCAGUGAAAACUGGCCACUGCUGACAAGAAAUCUGGCCAGUGGAAAUAUUAGCAGUUUGACGCUUGAGUUACCUAUUCUUGCUGGGUCUGACUGCAGUUGGAUCUAUGCUGUGAAGACGCCGAACUACUUAACAGCAGUAUAUUCACCAUGGGUAAUACAACAUCACAUGAACCUCUGGAUGAAUCUGGGGCAGAACUCCCAGCUUUGGAACAAACUACGACUGAAACUCAUACUGAGAUUGUUCAAAAUGGUCCGACUCUUCGAAAACCAAACCCAGUGGAGAACAAGAGUGAUACUGAUAUCCGCAGAAUUAAUUACCUGAUGAAGAAAUUACAUUUAAAGUCUGGAAAAGCCAAAGUAGACUCAGGAGCAGCUGUUAAGCAGGACACCGGGACUUUCACAUCAGAAGCAACGAUGGAGAAAAAUGCUAAUACUAAUGCAGAGGAAAAAGAUCUGGAAAAGUCUACCAAGACAGUCUCCAAGUCCAGGUUUUCCAUGUCUUUUUCUCGUUCUGUACCAGGGCGUACUGAUGACACUUCUACAGGGCCAAUAUCAGGAGCGGCAAAGCUCCAAACCAAUCAAGACAGUGUCUCAGUGAACACUACAUCAGUUGAUAAAGUGAAUCUUCAAGAAUCCUCCCCACAAAAGCAACUGCAGCAGCCUGCAACUGAAUCAUCAGAUGCACCAGAACACGCUGUGAAUGAACCCAAGCAAAAAGAAGUUAGCUUUUUUGAAAAACUGUUCAAACAAGGUGAUAAGGGCAAACAGCAAAAUGAGAAUCAGGGAAAUCUGAAGACUGCUGGAAGUCAGCCAGUUGCUGCCGAUUGUGAAGCUACUGAACUUAUCCAUAGACUGGAUAACGUGCAGCAUUACUUGGAAACUGGUGACGACAACAAGGAUCAUCCAACAUCACCAUAUGAUAACAAAAAAUCUCAAAAUUCAACUUCAAAAUCGUCUGAGAACCUCAAGGAAUCUGAGAAGGAUAAUAAAGCAGAGACAUCUGCAGACGAUAAGUCGGUCAUGAAUUUCUUCAAAACACUUGUCACACCAACAAAGUCUUCUUCCAGGACAGAACUUGACUCAGCGCAGCCAUCAGAUGACAAGUAUUUUUUAUUGCAGGGAAAAGUAAAUGUUGAAUCGAAAGAAGCAGCAGCCAAAUCCCACAAACCAGAACAAAAAGCAGCAGAUCAGGAGAUACCCAAGACAAAUGAAGCAGAAUUUGUUGAUAAAGUAAAACUGGAAAAGACACCAACACAAAGUCCAUUUGGAAAGCUAUUUAAGCAAAAGACCAUCAAGGAAAUACCACAGGUCAGUGCAGUUCGAAAGGACGAACAAGAUACUGCACCUGCUGAAAAAUCUGACAAAAACACAUCCCACUUGCAAAAACAAAUGUCAAAACAGGAAGAUGCAGGCCCUGAAUCUGCACAGAAGUUAAAAUCUGAAGAAGAGGAGAUUAAACCAGCUAAAAAGGGCUUCUUGAACUUCUUCAAACAAACGGACUCGGGCUUGGCAGGUGAUUUGACGAAGAAAGGAGUUGAGACCAGAGAAAAUACAGCACCACCGGCAAAGAAAGGCAAAGACAAUUCCAAACAGAAAACGUCUGCAACAGAAGGCAAUCAAGCAGAACCUCAGAGAGCAAAGUCUGUGGAAGACCUUCCUCCUGCUCAGCAACUGAAUGCUGCUUCAGAGUCAAUACCCAAUGGCAAUAAUAUCAAAGUCAAAGAAACCCCUGCGAAGAGACUCGAAAAGAAGCAAUCAUUUGGUGUGUUCCUAAAACAACUGGGAGGAAGAAAGACAGCAGAUGUUGCUGUGCAAACAGAUCCUGUUGUUAUCUCUCCUGCAGGGAAGACAAAGUGAUACCAAUGUAGUCCUUCAUUCAAGGAAGCUUGGCAACAUGCUUUAAUACUUGGUGAAAUUACAUAUUAUGGACAGCUCUGACUGUCCCUUUUGUAUCUAUCAGCAUUCCAGCCAUGCCCAAGAAUAUAUUUCUGAUCAUAUUUCUAGUAAAUUAAUCAGUGUACUUUCAAAAUGUUUCAGAAUCAUUAAAGCUAUGUGUGAUUUAGAAUACCCAUCAUUUUCUAUGUUUUAGGUCAGUGAAUUGAUAGUUUCACUAAACAUAUUAGUCAUUUAGUUCUAAUUGUUCUUAUACAAGAAUCAGGAGUAAAGUCUACUGUCCAAUACUGGCAAGUUUGCAAGAGGUGGGGCCCAUGAAAUUCACUGGAUGGCCUUCCUUUCAUUCAGACCACAACUUGACAACAGGUUUACGUGGGGUCAGGUCUAAGGACAUCUCCCUGUACUGAUCCCAAAUGUGGGCAUUUAUUGACCACUUAAGGGCCACUUCCUGCUCAUCCUCAAUUUUGAAGCUGUCUGCAGGGGUUCAGGGGCAGCGUGGAAGGCCUGCAGGUUACACUGCUCGAGUGUCAGACUGAAAUAGUCGUAUCUCAUUCAAGGUUUAAGCUGGCCCUUGCUACAGUGAGUUAACCCUCCCCUCCCCACAACCCCCACAUCCCUCACCUUUCAACCAAGGCCCCAGUCUAGGGUUCACACUCCCUCCCCACUCUGAGACACCCCCUGCAUUUAGAAUCCGGGCACUGAUUGUAGUUCUGACCACUGCUUUCAGAGGCACUCUUGGGAUUACAGAGCUACAAAGUCAAUCAAAUUGGGUGGGAUCUCAACCUGAGUGCUAGGCAACCACCCUGAAUUCAACCAAUUAGUGCUCAUUUUGGGGUUGCUGUGAUUGACAGGGAUAUGUCCCCUGUCAGUUCUUCCCAUCUGGGGAGAAAAAACCUGUCCCCAGAGGUGACACACAGUAUAGCAAGUUGUCAGUGUUGCAAGGCACUUAAGCUGCAACAGGUUAAAAUAACAUCACAAAUCAAAGAGUUAAGUUAAAAUAAUGAAUGAACGGUGAGGUAUGCUGUUACCUUGGAGCACAUUCUGAGCCUCAUUGUACAGUGAAAUUUCAGGGAUUUUUAAAGGUUUUAAAUUACAUGUCAGCAAUGGUCAAACAGUGGGUAAUUUUUAAAAAGCUGAUGGGGAGUAUUAUAGUUUGUAUAGAUUAUCUAAUAACAGAUGUGUUUGUAUUAGUAAUGAAUAACAGCUUUUGUGACUUGAAUUAGGUUUACAGAGAGUCUAAACACUGUCAUGUUCAACCAAGUUAGAUCUUUAAUUUUAGUGAUAACUCAACAAAAGACUUUGAAUGGAAUUUUGUGCCCUUCCUUGUUGUGAGUUUGGUGGAGGGAUCAUUUAUUCAAGCAGAAUAGUCAUGUUUAGGGGCUCCCUGAUGCUUACUGUCUACGGCCUUCUGGUCCUGCUGCCAUUUAAGGUCUUUAAUGUCUACUUAAGUAUGUCACUCCUCUACCAUUGGUAUUUACCUAGCAAUGGACAUUUAUCCUGCCAUUCACAGUGCCAGAUAAACAAACUCUCGAUUGCUUGCAGGUUCCAGGAGAUGCUUCAAUCAAAAUCACUCAGAUUGUGAUUAAGGGAGUCAGCAUUCCAAGGAGGGGACAGCCAAGCCUUAGGCUUGCUGCCACCUCCUUCCACCUGUCACUCCAUUCCCUGGUGCCUCGAGAACCAUCUUUCACUAGCAUCCAGGUCCAUGGACAAUACUAGGCUUUGGGUGCAUUUAAUAACUGGCAGCCGCUAAUUGCUUGUCACUUUUUGGUGGGAGCAACCGGUACCCUCCCCACCCCAGUGCCCUUGAUCCCAGGGAAAUCUCAGCACUGCCUGAUUAACCAUGUGAUUGUCCCUUAUAUUCAGGGCCAGUUCCUGAAAAGAGGCAAAGCAGGACUGAUGCUGGCUCUGCACUUGGCACGCAAAACGCUCUGGUGUUUCUAUUAAAUAUUCGUCUACAUCAUAACACCAAAAAAAGCCAAGCAGAGCAAAAUAUUUUAUGCUCCAUUAGUACAACAUGGGAUACCCAAUCCUUAAUUUAUGGAAAGAAUGCAGUAACUUUCUAUUAAUUUCUCAUAUAUUUGUUUUUAACGCAUUUUAUUAACUUUUCAAAUAAUCUGAAGAAACUGUUGAAUGUCUGCAUGAUUGGCAACAGCUGUUGUUUCUAAUAUUGUAAUUUUCAAAAUUUGAAAUUUUCAAUUAAUAUUUGCCAAUAUUUCAGUGGUCUAUACAUUUGGAAAUUAAUUUUAUAAUUCGAUCAAUUAUGUUAACUGACUCAUUGGCAAUGAAAAUCUUAGGAUAAUUGCAGACUACUUAAUUUAGUUUACAUGCCUUAAUUUCCUUUGUCCUAUUUCCUCUAAUUAUUUCAUUAUUAUCCAAGGUCAAUUAAACAAUUUUAAGUUAUGGUCUGGCUACAUGAGUUUUGAAAAGCUUAUCAAACUUAAAACUUCACAAAAAAAUCUUAUAUGUCAUCACAAUAUAAUUAUGCUGUAAAGCUUUCAUCAUGUGUUAAUCGCUGCUAAAACUCAGAGUUCUCUGAAUUGUUGCCAACAAAUUCUGAACUGUUUCUGGGCAUUGCCUUUCAGGCUAUAUAUGUAUUACUUCUGAUUCAUCAGUAUGCAGUUCAUUACUAUUUACAGCAAUUAAAAGUUCUCUCUUUGUACAAACUCCUAUUUGUGUUUCUGUAUUUGAAUAAAGCAAGCUUUUAUCUGAUUGAUAUUAUAUCUUUGGUACUUCUGGUCAAAAUCUGUAGAGUGAUAUCUUGCUUUGUUCAGUUUGCUGUUGAGAUCAAGCAGUGUUUGAUUUAUAGCCUCAGAUGCUUUGUAAAUUAAUUCCCUGUUGCCAAGGAUAAAUUUACUAACUGAAGAGUAACUUAAUAUUGUAUAUUUAAGAUUAUAUUAUAGUUCCUUUUACCCCCUUUUCCUACAAGUGCUGGUGUUGUGUUCGACGGGAAUCAGGUGUCUUUAAGUACCUUACUCAAGCUAAUAAUCAUCAUUGUUGGCCCUAACUGUGAGAGUUGGUAAUCCAUUUAAAUGACAAGAUUUACAGCAAAACACAAACUUCUGCUCAUCUAAUAUCCACAUUUUGGUAUUCCAACAGAAUUUUUCUGAAAAAUGAUCGAGCAGGAAACCAAGAACUUCUUUGAUAGACUUUUUUCUCUAAAUGAAUAUUUUUGUUUUAAAAUUUAUAAAACAAAUGAUAAAAUAUUUGAACUUGAAUGUUUCAGAAUUUGUAAUAAAAUUCAACUUGUUA